UGUAUAAGGUGGAUGACCCACGCAUGUGUGUACCGAUCAUCGCCAUACCUAAACCAUCUCUGGUUUCUUCAUCUUCUGAGGAGAUUGCUCUCUCUUCUUUUGCACGAGAAAGAAAAAGGAAUUGCUUUAGUUUGUUGGUGAGAUGGAAAGAGAUUUCAUGGGUUUGAGGAACAGAUCACAGUCACUGCGCAAGGUUAAGCCGGAGGUUAACCGCGAUGAUUCAGGGGUAAGCAAGAAGGGCUCAGCUGUGGAGUGGGCCAAAUACGGUGGUCCUCCGAAUUUCAUGUCUGCUAGAGAUCUCCAUGUAAUGAAGAGGAGGCAGCUGGGUGGAGUGAAUCACACGGCAAUGACGAAUCCCUCUCCUCUUCUGCCCUCCCUCAACUCUUUUGCUGCCUUCUCUGAUCCUCGGAACAACGUGGCUUCGAGUGCUCCUCAGCUGACAGUCUUCUAUGCUGGAACUGUUAACGUCUUCAAUGACAUCUCCCCCGAGAAGGCACAGGCGAUCAUGUUAUGGGCUGGAAACGGAUUGUCGCUGUCAUCAAUGGUAGAAAAUGAAAAGGGUAAAACAGGAGACAUCGCAUAUGGAAAGCAUCCUCCAAAGGCGAAGCCUGCUGUCUCUGCAUCAUCAACCUCAGGCACUCACUCUCCCACCAGAGCCGCCAUUAACCUCAUGGGCUCCUUCUGUUCCGCCUCCUCUAUCAUUCCUUCAGUUCCACAGGCCCGGAAAGCAUCACUGGCUCGGUUCUUGGAGAAGCGCAAAGAAAGGCUCAUGAAUGCAAUGCCAUACAGCAUGAGCAAGAUGAAGCUCAUGGAGUGCUCUACCGGCGAAUCCACCGGAAUGAACUACUCUGCCACUUCUGCCGCAUGAUCCCCCUUUCUUUUAAAUUAAUUAAUUAAUUAAAACGGUCUAUUACUAUUGUAAUUUAAUCACACAUUAUAUGCUGCUAAGUAGUUUCUGUUCCGGCAGGGAACGGUCCCUUUUAUCCUUUUGAUAUUGUGCAAACGCUAAUGUGACGUUUUCAUCUUUAAGAAAAUGUGACGUAUAUUCUAUAGAGA